CUCUCAUACACACCCCACCAUACAACUAUAAAUGUUCUAGUAACUAUUCCUUUCUCUCCAAAAUUUGUGCCGCCAUGGAUCUCAAUUCUUUCCCAAGAUUCAUGCUUUUUGUUCUUUUCCUAUUGCUAUGUGUCACCACCCAUUUUUCAUUCGGAGGCGAUACCAUCUCCGAGAGCCGAUCCCUCUCCGGUGAUCAUACCGUUGCAUCGGCAGGCGAGGUCUUUGUGUUGGGAUUCUUUACUCCAGGUAAUACUUCAAACUACUACAUAGGCAUGUGGUACAAGAAUGAUCAUUCACAGACCAUACUUUGGGUGGCAAAUAGAGAAAAGCCAGUCUUAGAUAGAUUCUCUUCAGAGUUGAUGAUAUCACAUGGCAAUUUAGUUCUAUUCAAUGAAACUAAAAACCCAGUUUGGUCCACCAACAUUAGUUCCACUAGUAAUUCUGUACGAGCAGUUCUUCAGGACGACGGGAACAUUGUAGUCUCGGACGAAAGAUCUGUUUUAUGGCAAAGUUUUGAUCAUCCAACUGAUACGUGGCUACUUGGUAGUAAAAUUGGUUACAAUAAAAUAACUAAAACAAAACAAGUUCUCACUUCUUGGAAGAAUUCAGAAGAUCCUUCUUUAGGCCUCUUCUCUUUCGAGCUAAACCCGAAUGACAUCUCGUAUAACACACUCUGGAAUAGGUCUAGGAACUAUUGGACCACAGGACCUUGGACGGGAGAUAUCUUUAGUUUAGUCCCCGAGAUGAGGGGCCAAAUGAUCUGCUAUUUCAAGUUUGUUUCGAACAUUAGCGAGACCUCUUUCACCAUGUAUGCUUCUAACUCUUCGGCUAUUUCUAGACUUGUGAUGGAUGUUUCAGGGCAAAUGAAGCAAUUCAUGUUGCUUCCUAGUAAGAAAUGGAACUUGCUCUGGUCUUUUCCGAGGCAGCAAUGUCAAGUUUACGCCUUUUGCGGUGCUUUUGGCAGCUGCAGUGAGAACUCGUUGCCCUUCUGCCGGUGCCUGUCGGGGUUCAAACCAAAAUCGCAAAAUGAUUGGGGUUUGAAGGAUUACUCCGGCGGGUGCAUGAGAAAGACUAAAUUACAUUGUGGGAAUAAUAGUCUUGGUCAUGGUGAGAGAGACAAAUUCCUAGAAUUUCCCGGCAUGUCAUUCCCUGAAGAUCAACAAUUUGAGCCAGCAGAAAGUAUCAAAGAAUGUGAAUUUAAAUGUGCAAAUAAAUGUUCAUGCACUGCAUGUGCUUACGACGACAAUGGCUGUUCAAUUUGGAUUGGAGAUCUCUUGAAUCUGAAGCAACUCGCACCAGGGGACAGUAGUGGAAGGACUAUAUACAUAAAAUUAGCAGCUUCAGAGUUUCAAAGUGGGGGAAAAAAUAAGAAAAAGUUUGUUGGCGCUGCGGCAGGUGCAGUUGCAGGGUUUGUAAUUUUUCUUAGUCUUUUUGUGUUCUUCACUUUGAAAAGAAGAAAGAAAACAAUUGGAACAGGAAAAGCAGUAGGGGGUUUGGUGGCAUUUCGAUAUAGAGAUUUGCAAAAUGCAACUAAGAACUUUUCGGAGAAAUUAGGUGGGGGAGGCUUCGGUUUGGUUUUCAAAGGUAUAUUGCCAAACUCAACCGUAAUAGCGGUUAAGAAGCUUCAAAGUGUUGGCCAAGGAGAAAAGCAAUUUCGAGCAGAAGUUAGCACAAUUGGGACAAUUCAACACGUUAAUCUAGUUCGACUUCACGGAUUCUGUGCUCAAGGUUCUAAAAAAUUGUUGGUCUAUGAUUACAUGGCCAAUAGAUCUCUAGAUUCACACCUUUUCCAUGAAAACGAUUCGAACGUUUUGGACUGGAAAACAAGGUACCAAAUCGCUCUAGGGACAGCAAGAGGGUUGGUUUAUCUGCAUGAGAAGUGCAGAGAUUGCAUCAUACACUGUGACAUUAAGCCUGAAAACAUUCUUUUAGACGCCGAAUUUUGUCCCAAGGUGGCAGAUUUUGGACUGGCAAAGCUUGUCGGAAGGGAAUUCAGCAGGGUCUUGACAACCAUAAGAGGAACAAGAGGUUAUCUCGCGCCAGAAUGGAUUACAGGCAUGGCAAUAACAUCGAAAGCCGACGUUUACAGCUACGGAAUGAUGCUUUUCGAACUGAUAUCUGGCAGGAGAAACUCGGAGGUAUCCGAAGAUGGCAAGGUGAAAUUCUUUCCAGCUUCGGCUGUGAGUGUCAUAGUCGAAGGAGGCGAUAUGAUGAACCUAUUGGACCCAAGAUUAGAGGGAAAUGCCGAUAUGGAAGAGCUCAAAAGAGUUUGCGCAGUUUCUUGUUGGUGCAUUCAAGAUAAUGAGGCUGAUAGGCCAUCUAUGGGACUUGUGGUGCAAAUUCUAGAGGGAAUUAUAGGGCUAGAACUGCCACCAGUCCCGCGAUUUCUACAACAACUCAUUGAUGAAAACCAGGAGAAUGUAAUUUUCUUUACCCAGUCGUGAUCAACCAGGACAUUUUCUUAGCUACGACUUUUUUUUUUUUUUUCAUUCUAUCCUCUGCUCUUUUGCGUGUAAAUUUGAAGCCAAUGAAAUAGUUCAGACAUUGUCUUUUUUUUCUGUAUAUUUACAGAGAAAAGUUCUGCACAAGA